CGCUAAUUUGCGCCCACGCCCCGACGGAAGAGAAGGACGAUGCGACCAAAGAUUCCUUCUAUGAGCGCUUGGAACGCUGCUAUGAGCGCUGCCCCCGCCACGACAUAAAAAUCGUGCUUGGCGACUUCAACGCCAGGGUGGGCAAGGAGGGAAUUUUUGGUCCUACAGUCGGAAAAUUCAGCCUGCACAACGAAACAUCCGGUAACGGACAGAGGCUGAUCGACUUCGCCGGGGCCCGAAACAUGGUAGUCUGCAGCACCAGAUUCCAGCAUAAAAAGAUACACCAAGCUACCUGGCUGUCUCCUGAUCGGAAAACGCGAAACCAGAUCGAUCAUGUUGUGAUAGAUGGAAGACACGCUUCUAGUGUAUUAGAUGUACGUACGAUCCGAGGACCCAACAUCGACUCGGAUCAUUACCUUGUUGCAGCCAAGCUGCGCACCCGCCUCUGUGCAGCAAAAAACGUACAUCUACCUGCGCAAAGAAUGUUCGACAUCGAAAAGCUGCAAUCACAACAGACAGCCAGAAGAUUCGCCACUCGACUCUCACUCCUGCUCUCGGAGAGCACUGCCCAACAAACCGGCAUGCGCGAGCAAUGGAGCAACAUUUCUCGUUCCCUACGUACCGCCGCCGAAGAAGAAAUCGGAUUCCGGCGAGCCCGAAAAAACAAUUGGUACGACGAGGAAUGUCAUGCUGCCGCCGAAAGAAAAGAUGCCGCCUAUAGAGCCACGCUGCGAUCGGGCGCAACGCGAGCCAUGUGGGAUCGCUACAGAGAGCUGAGAAAGGAAGAGAGACGUAUUAUCCGACAGAAGAAACGAGAGGCCGAAAUACGUGAGUGCGAAGAGCUUGAGAUGCUGGCCAAUAGGAACAACGCCCGAAAAUUUUACCAGAAAGUUCGGCGGCUUACAGAAGGUUUUAAGACCGGGGCGUUUUCCUGUAAGAACAAAGACGGCGAUCUGGUGACUGACGUACAGAGCAAUCUUAAAUUAUGGAGGGAACACUUCUCGAACCUGUUAAACAGUGACAGCUGCGCAUGUCAUAGAGAAUGUGAAGAUCCCGAUACCCCAAUCGAUGACGACGGAAUUGUAGUUCCGUUACCCGACCAUGACGAGGUGAGAAUAGCAAUAGCACGGCUAAAGAACAACAAAGCCGCGGGCGCCGACGGACUGCCGGCUGAGCUAUUCAAACAUGGCGGCGAGGAGCUGGUAAGGUGCAUGCAUCAGCUCCUAUGCAGAAUAUGGUCGGAUGAAAGCAUGCCUGCCGAUUGGAAUUUA